CCCCGUCCCGUAUUUGGUUGGGGCCCCUCCUGCCAGGGGAGGAAAUGCCUCCCGUCAGGCCAAAGUUCACAGCCAGCAACAGAUUUUCUCUGCUACGGUGUCGGCAGGGCAGCCUUCCUCCUCCUCUGCCGUAAGGGAAGGGUGAAAUGCUGCUCUUUUUUCUGGUGGAGGAGCCCACGGCGCCCUCUGGGAGGGGGGACCGGAGGUCUGCCUGUGAUCCCAAGAAUCGUCUCCUGGCAGCUUUCAUAAGAGCAGAUGCAGUUUCUGAACCAGCAGGAAACCAGCCCUGUCAUGGCUUCCGUGUGCAGGGUGACGUUUCCUCGAACCAUUCACUGCAGUUCGGGUUGCUCAGCCUAGGCCUUACUGGGUUGUUUCAGCAAAGCCCAAGGCCCAGGGCCACCAGUCUCGGAUCACCUCCUUUGUGGAGGUAGUAGUAGAUGGACUCGCCAAUGAGGCCAAGAAAACAGGGAAGCAGACCGGGAGCUCUGAGCUGCUCUGGAAUGAGAGCCUGGUGCUGAAUGUCACUUCUCAAAGCCACCUGGAUCUGAAGCUCUGGAGCUGUCACACCCUGCGCAAUGAGCUGCUUGGAGUGGCGUCCGUCAACCUCUCCAGCAUGUCGAAGCAGAGCAAGGGGAAAGUGGAGAACAAGCCGAUGACCUUGAACCUGCAGGCAGAGAGCAAAGGCGGCCUCCUCUCGGGUGGUGAGCUGACGGUCUUCCUGGAUGGGCCUGGCAUUGAGGCGGGCAGCCUGCCUAAUGGCCCUGUGGCAGCAGGCGAAGGGCCCCAGGGAGCCGGGAGGGAGUCUGGGGGCCCACCUGCUUCCCCGGAGAACAGGCCCCAGGCCUCCAGCACAAACUGCCUUGGUGGUUGGUCCAGAGCACUCGGGUCGGCAGCGGAAGCCCCAAGGCAGAAUGUGGCCACCCUGGAUCACAGCCCGAUCCUGAAGACCCAGCCUCAGCAGCUGGGCAGAGGCCUGGAGGGCAGCCAGAGCAGGGCAGUGAAUGGAGAGACUGAGAGCUCUGCAGCCGAGGCUGAGGAAGAGGGGGCUGGGCCCCCAGAAGGAUCCCCCCAGCCCAGUGCGGCUCACCCCCCCGCAGAGGCAGAGGAGCCAGGCUCAGGCAGCCAGUCCUCCCAGGGGGCAGUCCAGGUGCUGGAGACUCUGCCAUCUGGGUGGGAGCAGCGAGAGCUGCCUAACGGGAGGGUCUACUAUGUGGACCACAACACCAAGAGCACCACCUGGGAGCGCCCCCUUCCACCAGGCUGGGAGAAACGUGUGGACCCCCGUGGCAGGUACUACUUUGUGGACCACAACACACGCACCACCACGUGGCAGCGCCCCACAGCUGAGUACGUGCGCACCUACGAGCAGUGGCAGAGCCAGCGCAACCAGCUCCAAGGCGCCAUGCAGCAGUUCAGCCAGAGGUUCCUCUACCAGUCCUCCGGCACGGCCGCUGACAAUGACCCCUUGGGCCCACUUCCUUCUGGCUGGGAGAAGCGGCAGGACAACGGGCGAGUGUACUAUGUGAACCACAACACCCGCACCACACAAUGGGAAGAUCCUCGCACCCAGGGGAUGAUCCAGGAGCCGGCACUGCCCCCCGGCUGGGAGAUGAAGUACACGAGUGAGCGGGUACGAUACUUUGUGGAUCACAACACCCGCACCACCACCUUUAAAGACCCCCGCCCUGGAUUUGAGUCUGGGAGCAAGCAGGGGGGCUCCCCAGGCGCUUACGACCGGAGCUUCCGCUGGAAGUUUCACCAGUUUCGCUUCCUUUGCCACUCCAAUGCCCUCCCCAGCCACGUCAAGAUCAGCGUCUCGCGGCAGACGCUCUUUGAAGAUUCUUUUCAACAGAUCAUGAACAUGAAGCCCUACGACCUGCGGCGCCGGCUGUACAUCAUCAUGCGUGGGGAAGAAGGACUGGACUAUGGAGGCAUUGCCCGCGAGUGGUUCUUCCUCCUGUCCCACGAGGUGCUGAACCCCAUGUACUGCCUCUUCGAGUAUGCCGCCAAGAACAACUACUGCCUGCAGAUCAACCCUGCCUCCUCCAUCAACCCUGACCACCUCACCUACUUCCGUUUCAUUGGCCGCUUCAUCGCCAUGGCCCUCUACCAUGGCAAGUUCAUCGACACGGGCUUCACCCUGCCCUUCUACAAGCGGAUGCUGAACAAGCGCCCCACCCUCAAGGAUCUGGAGUCCAUUGAUCCCGAAUUCUACAACUCCAUCCUCUGGAUCAAGGAGAACAGCCUGGAAGAGUGCGCCCUGGAGCUCUACUUCAUGCAGGACAUGGAAGUCCUUGGCAAGGUGACCACCCACGAGCUGAAAGAGGGCGGGGAGGAGCUCCGGGUCACUGAGGAGAACAAGGAGGAGUACAUCAUGCUGCUGACUGACUGGCGGUUCACCCGGGGUGUUGAGGAGCAGACCAAGGCCUUCCUGGACGGCUUCAACGAGGUGGCCCCUCUGGAGUGGCUGCGCUACUUUGACGAGAAGGAACUGGAGCUGAUGCUGUGUGGCAUGCAAGAAAUUGACAUGAGCGACUGGCAGAAGAACACCAUCUACAGGCAUUACACCAAGAGCAGCAAGCAGAUCCAGUGGUUCUGGCAGGUGGUCAAGGAGAUGGAUAACGAGAAGAGAAUCCGGCUUCUCCAGUUUGUGACAGGGACGUGCCGCCUGCCUGUUGGAGGAUUCACAGAGCUCAUUGGCAGCAACGGACCCCAGAAGUUCUGCAUUGACAAAGUUGGCAAGGAGACCUGGCUGCCCCGCAGCCACACGUGCUUCAACCGCCUGGAUCUGCCUCCCUACAAGAGUUACGAGCAGCUGAAGGAGAAGCUGCUUUACGCCAUCGAGGAGACCGAAGGAUUCGGGCAGGAGUGAGGGGUGUCUGGAAGGAGCCUGAGAAGAGCCAUCCUGCCUGUCAGGAAGGACAGAAUCCUGGGGGGCACGGCAUGGAGUGACCCUCUUGGGGAUCGCUGGAGCAAGAUCUUGUAGCGGAAGCUCCCCCUGCAAGAUUGGGGGGGGGCUGGAUCCCAGAGUCCCUCUCCUGCUCCCUCCUGAGCUGCAUUUUCCUGGCCUCUCAGCCUCCUAUCGUGGGCACUUUGGGUCUCCUGCAGACCCCCCUCUCCCCAACUUCUGUCCAGCUGCUCUGGCCAGGGCCUUUCCUCACCCACAGAGCACUUCAGCAACCCUCCCCCCUCCGCCCGCCUUAAUAUUACCAGCUGGGCUGGGACUGCUACAGACUGGCUGGCCCCGAGACCUCAGUUGGGGCAGCUUCCACUGGCUGCUCUCCAGCCUGGAAGAUGUGACUCAGGGCAAUCCUGCCUGUUCCCAGAUAGUGCCCGGCAGCCUCGGCUUCUUUGCAGACCAGCUCUUGCUGUCAAGGCGCAGCCCCUGGCCUCUGGAGAGCCACAGCCAAGAGACAGGUCUGGAGCCUGGCCACAGCAGGGCCUUGGGAAGUAUCCUUGAAAUCUCCAGGCCAAGUUGAGCAAAGGGCCCCAAAAGCAGGCAGCAUCAGGGACAGUUGAAGGACUCCCUCGUGGUCGAUCUGCGUGUGAAUAUUUGAAUUCUGUGACUGAUUGCCCCAGCUUGAGUUUGUGGCAGGGAAGCAGAGGCCGCUCCAGCCCCAGGAAGGGUGGGCUUGUGCACUUUGCACUCUUGGGGGGCCCUUGACCUCCAUGGAGGAUAUGUGUAUGAAUGUGUAUAAAAACAUAUGUGAAUAUAUAAAUUUGUAUAUAAAUGUCUCUGGACACAAAGAAUUGCAAUAGCUUUUGAUGGGUUCUUAAGUAGUUUUGUACCACACCAUCUGCCUCAGUGAUGCCACCUCUUGUGCAAUAAACUAUCCGCAGCUG